GCCUCUCUUUCCUCUGCUGUCUGGCUGUUCUGUGCAUCUGGGUUUGGGUGGAUCGGUCGAGUGUGAUGGGGCGGGCGUGCACUACUAGGCAGCUAUGUCACUUCAUCUUCAGCCAGUGUGUGAGGGGGACACACACAUCAUCUCAUCGACAGCAUCUCAUCGACACAGCAUCUUUACUUGCCUGCACGUUCUGCGCCUGAGGCUGGACUGCUUUGUUGCCCUUCUGGCCUCUCUUUCCUCUGCUGUCUGGCUGUUCCUGUCUGGGUGUUCUGUGCUGUUGGCUGGCGACGUGUCUUGCUUUCCUUUUCAAGAACGAGCAGUGGCCGAUUUUUCAUCUGAGCGCUGGCCACGUUAGACGUACGGACGCAUUGAUUGGACACACCAUCUGCCCUCAGGGGCCGGGGCCUAGGUGCCCGUUAACAAACGAACGAACGAACGACCAGAAACCCUGCACCCCAGUAAAAACCCUGUAGCUAGAUGCAGAUGAAGGGUGCAUUCGUCGUGUUCAGCGCCAUUAUGGCCAUUGUCUUGAGGCCAGCGCUCUGCUUCGGCCCUCCUGCGCUGCGAUCUCCCUCAAGACCGCCUCCCAGGCCGUCACCAAGACAACAUCGCUCUGCUGCAGCAGUACCUCCAUGGCCACCUGCCGGUGCCGAGUAUGGAGUCAACGAUCCGAAAAGAAGGCCGACACCGCCAACGAGGCGAGAACGUGGAGAUCUGUCAACAGCAAGCGUCAUCCUGCCGGCCCUGGCAGUCUCCGGCGCAGCGCUGUGGUUGUGUCCAGCGGUGGCUGAUGCGGCGUCGUCCCUUGCUGACUCGUCUUCGGUGCUCUUGUCUGCCGUGCCUGCGUGGCUGAGGCCCACCAAGGUUGCCCUGGACGUGUUCCUGUUGGCCUUCACAUUGCUGUUUUUCUUUCGACUGGUGAUGUCAUGGUACCCCAGCCUGAAGCUCAAAGAGCUGCCGUGGAUAGCCGUCAUCGUCGCCACUGAACCCGUCCUCAAACCAACACGAGAGGUGAGGAGGGUGGGUUUCUCACUGUCUGUCUGUCUGUCUGUGUGUUGUGUGUCAGUUGGUGCCUCCUGCGUUUGGUGUGGACAUCAGCCCAGUGGUGUGGCUCGGCAUCACCAGUCUGGCACGGUACGUACCAUGCUGCCACACACACAUGCAGCACAUGACAUGCCUCCCUGCCACCCAUUGCUUCUACGUGUGUGUGUGUGUGUGUGUGUGCAGGGAGUUGUUGAUUUCGUCGACUGGGCUGCUGACCAUGAUAGAGAACAAGGGGUGACACAUUAAUUAGUCCGGUCUGAUGGAUGCCGGCCGAUGUGGCUGGCUGCAUGGAGCGAUGCUCUACUUGCCGACUUGGAUGUGGUUGGUGGAUGUGUAGCGGAGAGAUGUGAGCUGACUUGUGUUACCCCCGCAAGCUCGUCCCCUGUUCGGCGGCUUUUCAUCGUCACUCUGGCUGCUCUGCACACGCCGAUCUCUUCUUGCGAGAAAGAGAAAGGCGUGUGGGAUAGCAGGUGCGACGAUCAGAGGCCACUGAGGAGGGAGAGAUGACAGGAGAGCGAGAGAGCGACUCCAGCUGCGUUUCCAUGUCAUGUUGAGUGAGUGAUUCUCAAG